AUGGAGUCCCAGGAGCGGAGCCUAGCUGCACUCACCGGGGACGCCAGCACCUCCCAGGCCACAGGGAGGGGGACGCCCCAGUGGGAACGCCAGAGGCACAGGAAGCACUGGUCCUGCUCGCUCGUCGUGGCCUCGCUCGUGGGCGCCUUCGGCUCCUCCUUCCUCUACGGGUACAACCUGUCGGUGGUGAACGCGCCCACACCGUACAUCAAGGCCUUUUUCAACGAAACCUGGCAACAAAGACAUGGACAUCCAAUCGACUCGGACACUCUGACGCUGCUCUGGUCUGUGACGGUGUCCAUCUUUGCCAUCGGUGGACUCAUGGGGACCUUGAUGGUGAAACUGAUCGGAAAGUUUCUUGGGAGGAAAUAUAUUCUGCUGCUCAACAAUGGGUUUGCAAUUACUGCUGCAUUACUGAUGGCCUGCUCCCUCCAGGCAGGAGCCUUUGAGAUGCUCAUCGUGGGCCGUUUCGUCAUGGGUGUGGAUGGAGGCAUCUCCCUCAGCGCACUCCCCAUGUACCUGAAUGAGAUCUCACCCAAAGAAAUCCGUGGCUCCCUGGGGCAGGCGACUGCCAUCUUCAUCUGCAUUGGUGUAUUCAUCGGGCAGCUGCUGGGCCUGCCUGAGCUGCUGGGAAAGGAGAGCACCUGGCCAUACCUGUUCGCAGUGAUUGUCGUCCCUGCCCUGGCUCAGCUGGUGAUCCUGCCCUUUCUGCCUGAGAGCCCACGCUACCUGCUCUUUGAGAAACACGAUGAGGCGGGAGCUGUGAAAGCCUUCCAGACAUUCCUGGGCAAGGAGGACGUCUCUCAAGAAGUGGAAGAGGUCCUAACGGAGAGCCGCCUGCAGAGGAACGUCCGCCCGGUGUCGGUCCUGGAGCUGCUGAGAAGCCCCUAUGUCCGCUGGCAGGUCCUGACGGUGGUCGUCACCAUGGCCUGCUACCAGCUGUGCGGCCUCAAUGCGAUCUGGUUCUACACCAGCAGUAUCUUCGAAACGGCGGGAAUCGCUCCUGAGAAGAUCCUCUACAUAACCUUAAGCACAGGGGGCAUUGAGACGGUGGCUGCCAUCUUUUCUGGCCUGGUCAUCGAGCGUCUGGGACGGAGACCCCUCCUCAUCGGUGGCUUUGGGCUGAUGGCCUUCUUCUUUGGGAUCCUCACCAUCACGCUGACGCUGCAGGACCGGGCCACCUGGAUCCCUUACCUGAGUAUUGUGUGCAUCCUGGCCAUCAUCGCCUCCUUCUGCAGCGGGCCAGGCGGCAUCCCAUUCAUCCUGACCGGCGAGUUCUUCCAGCAGACCCAGCGGCCAGCUGCCUUCCUCAUCGCGGGCACAGUCAACUGGCUCUCCAACUUUGUUGUGGGGCUCCUCUUCCCGUUCAUUCAGGAAAGCCUAGACACAUACUGUUUCCUGGUCUUCGCUGCCAUCUGUAUGGCAGGUGCUAUCUACUUCUACUUUGUCCUGCCUGAAACGAAAAACAGAACCUAUGCACAAAUCAGCCAGGCCUUCCCUAAAAGGAACAAGGCGUACCCACCAGAGGAGAAAAUGGGUGCAGUCAUCUCUGACAAUAAGACCAAUAGAAGGCCCUACCCAGACGCCUCCUCCACGCUGGACAACUCCACCCAAACCACCAUUGUAUAGAUGGAUGAGCUCAGCACUUCAGAAAGGCAGCUGUGA